AUGGAUCGACGGAAACCUUACGAGGCGUCCAACCCUCUGUGUGGAACCCAGAAACCGCAGCUACCUUCAGUUUCGGGGCCAGCAUCGGGGAAGGCAGCUCGCUGGCUGCUUGGGAGGAUCAAGGACGGCUCCCAAAGGGCUUUACUGCUCCAGCAGACGCCCUGUAUAGCACAGAGUUUGGUAGGUGCCCCCAUUCCGCAGUCAGAAAGACCCGGGGGAGCCUCGUUCCCUUUUGGAAGGGCAGCGCCGGUCUCCUGUGGAGACCGGGGCAAUGGAAACGCGCCGCAGUGGAGCCGUGUACAACAAUCACUGUCAAGGCCUCCAUCCACGCAAGGAGAAGAACUACACUCGGAGCCACACAGUGCACGCAUCCCCUUGAGGUCUUCUGAAGCCCCUCCACGGUCCGUCUCGUCGAGUUACACUCAAGCAGCAGCCAGCUAUACCCAAGACAGAUUACGGGACCAGAGAGAGGCCAGUCGGCUGGCCGCUACAGCCUUACAGGCACAGGCUCCAUCAGACGCUGUGAAGGUGCCUUACGGAUCUCAAGGGGACUUGACGCUAAAGGAGACUCGGGGAUUUCGUCAGGGAGGUGUCAACGGGCCAUGCCAGGGCGCCGCCUUGAGUCCGCCUCAGGCUGCUGCCAGUCUGUCGAGCUCUUCAUCAGGUUAUCAGGGACUCAGAGCCAUUAAAAGUCAUCUAAAAGAUCCAUGGGAAUCAACCAGUUCCGUUUCAAAACAAAAAGAAACAGAGAAACUGGCGAGGCUGGUUGUCCGCACAGCUCUGCCCUCCCACUGGCAGCAGCAUCAGCAGCUGCACGAAGAGCAGCGGAAGCACCAGCAAGAGCCUCAGCCCCAACAGAGAGAGCACGAACAACAGCAGCAUCAACAGCACCUGCACGAGGAACAGAAAGCAUGUGAGCUGGAGUGCCAGUACCGCAUUCAGCAACAAGCUAUGCCCUACCAACGGCAACACCAACAGCAUGAGGAAGAGCAACCAAUCGAGCGCCAAGGGGAUCACUUGGGUCAGCAUCUACAAGAGCGUCAACACCACAGAAACCAAGUGCGCUGCGAGCAAUCGCAACAGCAGCACCACCAGCAACAGCACCAACAACGGCCGCACCAGCAGCACCAGCAGCACCAACAGCAACAGGCAACACAGCAGCAUCAGCAACGUGAGCAGCAGCAAACACAGCAGGAACAUCAACAAGAGGAGCGGAAGCAUCUUGUGCAGCGCCACCAUGCGCUCAGUCAAGGAUUUGAUGUGGGCUCCAGGCAAAACGCUGAUGCUGAGCAGUCGGCAGAAGCUUCAGCAUUUGCAUUUCUUGCCAGAAACUCAGAUUUCAGUCGCCCUCCACAUGCUACCUUGAGCAGCAGCAACUCGUACGGGGGUUUCUCAUGUCUAGAAGUCUACCCUCAAAUAGUUCCUGUUGUGGAGCCUCCCGCAAGGGCUACAGGACGGGCGAGCCUUCCUCAAGGACAGAUGCUACAGGAGCAACAACCCACCACUGAAAACAGCGAAUUGCCGGCUGAGCUGCAUGCAGUGACUUGGCAGCCAUAUUCAUUAAAUCGUGAGUGCCCUUUGAAUCAGAGCGGGGUCUCUGCAGGGAAACCAACUGCGACUUCAACUGCCAACGAUGCUAUUGAGCCCAGGAUAACGUGGCUGCAGCAACAGCCCAAGGAGGAUAAUGCGGGGCAAUUUCCCGCGGCCCUUGAGGUGUCCACCGCUGCAGCGAUUCAACGUAGCCCCUCUUCAUAUGGCAGCGAACCUCAACUCAUUCCGCACCAUGGUGCCUUGUUUGGAACACUGUCCCCAGAACAAAGAGCUGUCGUCACUGCACCUCCACAAAGCAGUGUUUGCGUGCUGGCGGGGCCAGGAGCAGGCAAGACCACUACCAUAACUGCCCGCAUCGUCCGCCUGCUACUUGAAGGACAUCGGCCUCUAGCAGCAUUAACAUUUACCAAAAAAAGCGCGACAGAACUCGAACGGCGGAUACGUGGAGGACUGGAAGGGGUGCUCAGGGACAGGAGCUCUCCAGCCUGCUCGUCUUUUCCGUCUGUUGGUGAAAUAGGCGAGAAGGACUUGUUCGUGGGAACGUUUCAUUCGUUUUUUAUGAAGCUCCUAAAGAGCCAUGGAGCUCAAGUAGGGGUCCCAUGCACCUUCAGGGUGAUGGGGCAGUUUCAGCAGCUUGCACUGCUCCGCAGCCUUAUUGAGCGAGAAAAAAGGGCAGAGGCGCAGCGCCGAGGGGUCCCCGGUGUGAAGGCAAUUAGUACAACACUGUGCAGCAAUCCUGGAGACCCUCAUGUCUCCAGUGACGAGAAUGAAUGCUAUUCGGAUGACGAAAGAGACGUACAAGAAUCAAGUUUUCAAACGACAGGCAUGGGGGGCUUCAGCUCCACUGGUAAAGAAGCAGAUGAACUGCGAAAACGCAUCCGCUGCAUGAAGUUCAUCCCCGAACUGCUGGAACGAGAACGCGCUGCAGGCUCUGUGCUGUAUCGUCUGUUUUGUGAGUACGCGAAACACCUGAAGGAGCAACAGCCACCUCUGCUGGACUUUGCUGAUUUAACUGUCAAGACUCUUAAGCUGUUGGAGCGGCAGGACACACGAGCUGAACUGGGAGCUCUUUGGCCCUACUUGGUUGUCGAUGAAUUCCAAGACACAAACAGCAACCAGUUCAAGUUCAUUUGUCUAAUGGCUCUGCAGCGGCCCCCGAACCCAAGCACUCUCCCUGCAGCUCUUGGGGCCCAGCGUCUCUUCCCCACCAGGCGGCAUCCAGGGGGCGUGACAGUUGUGGGAGAUGAUGAUCAGUCUAUCUAUAAGUGGAGAGGCACGCACACUGGUAUAUUUCAUGAGUUCAGGCGCAAUUUCCCAGAGUACAAGGAAUUUUUUCUUGCUUGUAACUACCGUUCUGUACCUUCUGUGGUGCGUCAUAGUCUGUCUCUAGUCAGUUUUAAUUGGCCAUUUCGCAUUCGCAAGGCACUGUACUCUGUUUACGAGUCGAGAAAGAUGGAUCCCAGAGGAAACUUUUGUGCUGAAACCACCGAUGACGCUGCAGCUCCUUGUGACGACACUGAUUGGGCCUCUACGUCCACUAAGAGUACAAGAAAUUUGAAAGGCCACGUGCACGGCGCUUUCCUCCCGUCUCAAAGCCUGGAGGCACAGUACAUCUUACGUUAUAUUCUGUGUUUGAAACAGCACCACAGCCUACGCUGGGACGACUUCGCUAUCCUCUGUCGUACGAAUAGCGCCUUAAUUGACAUCCAGAACCUACUAACGAGCCCCCGGAUACAGCGUGCAGCUUGUGCGGCUUCUGCCGUCUUCUCCACAAAUGAAGCUCGUGGGGCUGUGGAAGACAGCAAACAUUACGCAGGGAUCGGGGACCCGAACAAGCCUGCAGACCCAGCUGUGAUGUUUCCUGCUGCAAAUCUAGCUGAGUUGGAACUGCCUGCUGGGGGUCUUCCUAUUUCUAGCACAAGCUCGAAGAGAGCCGGAGGGGCGGAGAUCUUCCUUCGCCCGGACGCAAUAGAUCUUCUUUGUUACCUUCGCUUGGCAGUAGACCCUCACCAUGAUCCCUCUUUUAUUAGAGUGUUGAAUAAGCCACCUCGCCGCAUUGGGCCGAAGACAUUGCUGGCUCUGAAACGCAUUCAAAACUCCCUGAAUGGCACAAUAGCCGGGACAGCAGAUAUCGCGCGCGCCUUCGUGGAAAUGCCGUGGCAAGGUUUGCCCUGGGGUGCACAGAGCGGAUUUCAGGAAUCCCCCGUGACUGCUUCUCUCUUUGAUGCCAUGUGUGGUGUUCUGCGAGCCGCUGGGAUGAAAGAUGAAGUGCCUGAAGUCCACCUCACGAACCAAUCCGCGGCAGAAGUGGAGGCUGCACGUCUGCGCUCGAACCAGCUAGAGGCUCUCGCGUCAUUCGUCAAAUCUAUCCAGAAGCUCCAUUCAAUGUCUAAAAGCUCUGAUUCCGUGAAGACAGUGCUCGAAUACACACUUGGGCCGCUAGGAAUGGGCGCUUUUUUUGCUCAUAAACGGCUUGUGCACCGUUCGCGGAAUGCUGGGCAAGCAGCAGGUGAAGGCACCACCGAAGUCCCGGUACAGUCGGAGAAGGAAACCCUUCAUCCAUCGCUUCCCGAAGUUUCUCAAACGAAAAGCCCCACGACAGACUUUGCACGGGCAAAGACGCGUCGAAACAAGAGGAAAGCAGCCUCUGUCCCUGAAAUAGAGAGAACUGAAGAUUCCAUGGGAAAACCUACUGGGGUAGAAGCGUCCUUACGAGAUCUCUCAAAGCUAUACGGAUCGGAAACAUUUGCAGAUGUGCUUGGGUUACUGCGAGCAGUCGAGGCGUAUGCUCCUAACUGGCAGCAGGUGACAGCCGCAGAUUGCAUUAAAAGGCUGCUCCGAGAUGCGGACUCUGGGCGGUUUGUUCAGCAAAAGGUUACAAAUGCAGUAACACUCUCUACGAUCCACCAGGCCAAAGGACUGGAGUGGAAGGUCGUCAUUGUUGCAAGAGCUAACGACGGGACUUUGCCAAUGGGCGUUGGUGGCAGCCAGCCGCUAGCGGACUACGUUGCACGUUUGCUCUCGAGCUUCGCUGCGGAGCAGCCGAAGCCUGAGGCUCUGCAGCACGCAGAAGCAACGGUUAUUAGACAAGCAUCGGGAAACGAACAGCAUUUCCAUCUCAUGGAGGAACGCAGGGUUUGCUACGUUGCCCUUACUCGAGCCAGACAGUUCUUACUCCUUACAGCUCCCCUGGCAGACAAAACCAACCACCCCUUGAAUCCUUCGCGUUUUUUCAAAGAGGCUGGCCUUGUAUCAGUGUGGCAGGCGCCAAUGCCUUCUGCUGGUGCUAGAGCAAAAUCUGACAAAAACAGCUCGAGCCUGAAAACUGCCAUGGAGAGCGGUGAAGGCAGAAAUAAGCUUGACAGCUUCACAUAA